CGCAUUAUUCCUGAAAGAUGUUGGCGACGCGCGGAAGAUCAGGAAUCGUCUCCUCUCAUGUUUUGAGAGUGCCUCCCUCCCGACAACCUCAUCCGCCAUGAAGAAGAUUCUCCUGAACUUUGCCGUUGUUGGUGGUGGCCCAACCGGGAUCGAAUUCUCCGCCGAACUGCACGAUCUCAUAUCCGACGACCUCUCCCAGCUCUACCCGGACCUCAUGAAAUAUGUGCAAAUCACAGUCUACGACGUCGCACCACAAGUACUAUCCAUGUUCGAUGCCAAUCUUGGCAAAUACGCCAUGAACGCUUUCAAACGCGAGGGCAUCGCCAUCAAGACGUCGCACCACGUCGAGAACCUCCGGCCCGGCCCGCCGCAGCACGUCAAAGACGCAGGCACCAUCCACGACGAGCACACCGUGUAUACGCUCCAGCUGAAGGAGCUCGGCGAAGUCGGCGUCGGCAUGGUCGUAUGGAGCACCGGACUGAUGAUGAACCCGUUUGUCGAGCGCGCCAUGGGCAAGUCCCAAACGCUGCAUGUCCCGCACACAAAGUCCGUCGACUACGCCGAUGACGGCGCGCCCACGAGCGACUGGGUCGUGCAGAAACACCCAAAGACGGGCGCCAUCGUGACAAACGACAAGAUGCAGGUCCUCCUCUCGGUGCCGCCUGUCACGUCGUCGUCUAGCGAUGCCGCAACCGAUGCCUCGACCAUGACGCUGCAGGACGUCUUCGCAAUCGGCGACUGCGCCACGCAGGCUCACGCAUCCUACCCGGCAACAGCGCAGGUCGCGAACCAGGAGGCCAUGUGGCUCGCGAAGCGCCUCAACCGAGACGAUCUCGCAACACAGCACUUUACAUACAAGGAUCUUGGCGUGAUGGCGUACAUUGGCAACUGGAAGGCGAUUGUGCAGACCAAAGGCGGGAAUAUAAGUGGGCAGACGGCAUGGUUCAUCUGGAGGGGCGCAUAUCUGACCAAGAGCGUGAGCUGGCGGAACAAGAUCCUGAUCCCGAUGUAUUGGUUCAUCAACUGGGUGUUUGGACGUGAUGUAUCGCGCUUCUGAUGAAAAUUCGGAUAUCUUUAGGGGGCGUUUUGAAAUGGGCGCGUUCAGGAGUUUGUCAAACCGGCGAGAAUGAACGAUUACGAUAUUGGAAACUCGACAGUAUUACUAGUGGUGGUGGUGCACAGCGGCUCGACGUUACCAUUACCUAUAUACAUACAUACAUACAUAUACAUACACCUAUCCUCAAAGUCUGGGUAAUCAGCCGCAAAUAAAUCAACAGCGUAAAAAUCCUCUUGUCUGAGAAUAAAGCUAAACCAAUAUAUAUACAUACAUACAUACAUACAUACA